GUAUCACCUGACCAGGACUCUGGCGGGGCAAUGGCGGCGCCCAUGCUGCGCUGGUCCUGUCUUGGAAAGCGUUGGGUUUUAGCCUGCAUUGACGGCGGUUCUCGCCACGGAAGAGGGGCUGCGAUUGGGUGCACGUCCAGGAGGAAAAGGGGACAGAGCUCCGUGGCUCAGCAGCCCCUCAUCACCGUCCAGAAGUCAAGGAAAGGUGAACACGAGUGGGCAGCUGUGGUAGGUUUGGAAAUUCAUGCCCAGAUCUCUUCCAACUCUAAACUCUUCUCUGGAUCUCAAGUCCACUUUGCAGCACCUCCAAAUUCUUUGGUAUCUUUUUUUGAUGCAUCUCUGCCUGGAACUCUGCCGGUUCUCAACAGGAGAUGCGUAGAAGCAGCUGUGAUGACAGGCCUGGCACUGAACUGCCGCAUCAACAAGAAGUCCUUGUUUGACAGGAAGCACUACUUCUAUGCGGACCUCCCUGCAGGCUACCAAAUUACCCAGCAAAGACUCCCGAUUGCUGUGAAUGGCAGCUUAGCGUACAGUGUCUCUGUGGGGAAGAAGCCGAGUCAGGUGAGCACCAGGACCGUGAGGAUCAAGCAGAUCCAGCUGGAGCAAGACAGUGGCAAAAGCCUCCAUGAUGAGCUGCGGUCUCAGACGCUCAUCGAUUUGAACAGGGCAGGAGUUGGCCUUCUGGAAGUGGUGCUGGAGCCCGACAUGUCCUGUGGAGAAGAGGCAGCGUCAGCCGUCAGGGAGCUGCAGCUGAUACUUCAAGCCCUGGGGACCAGCCAGGCAAAUAUGGCAGAGGGCCAGUUGAGAGUGGAUGCCAAUGUAUCUGUGCACCAUCCUGGAGAGCCUCUGGGUGUUCGAACUGAGGUGAAGAAUCUCAACAGUACCAGGUUCUUGGCCAAAGCAAUAGACUCUGAAAUUAAGAGACAAAUCCACGAACUUGAGAAUGGACGUAAAAUUCUGAAUGAAACACGCUCGUUUGACUACAAGCUGGGGUGCACCAUGCCGAUGAGAGACAAAGAAGGAAAACAAGACUACAGGUUUAUGCCCGAGCCCAACCUGCCUCCCCUCCUGCUCUAUGACACCGCGUCUCUGCCUCCCGGUGCAGACCCACAGCAAGUGAUCAACAUUGACUGGAUUCGGGACCGGCUCCCUGAGCUGCCCGGUAAGACCCGGGAGAAGCUCAUUCAAAAGUAUGGGAUGCUGCCAGAACACAGCUUCGCCUUACUGAAUGAAGUUGGCCUACUGGAGUUCUUCCAAAAUGUGAUAAAAGAAACUGGGGCAGAGCCAAAAAAAGUAACUAGUUGGGUCCUCAACAUUUUUCUGGGUUUUUUAAAGCAACAGAACCUUGCUGUCAAUGAGAGUCCUGUCACGCCUUCUGCGCUGGCUGAGCUGCUCAACCUGCUGGACAGAAAAGCCAUCUCUUCAUCAGCAGCUAGACAGGUGUUUGAGGAAUUGUGGCGGAGUAAAGGGAAGACUCCAUCGCAGAUUGUUUCAGAAAAGAAGCUUGAACUGAUGCAGGAUCAAGAGGCGCUGGAACGGGUCUGCCACACCGUGAUGGAGGGGCAUCCUCAAGUGGUAAUGGACAUGAAGAGGGGAAACCCCAGAGCUAUAAACAAACUGAUCGGGUUGGUCCGAAAAGCAACUCUCAGCCGAGCAGACCCGACUGUGAUAAAGGAGAUCCUGGAGAGGAAGCUGUUGUCAUGAGCCCUUCUGGGUCCCCCGUGCCCGAGGGAGAGCAGAGCGGCCUCCACUGAGAACCGGAGCCCGUGA